GCAAUGAGCGUAACGCAUGCGCACUUUCAGCCACGUGGUGUAAUGCAACAUGGCGACUUCAAGAAACAGGUGCUGUGCUUUUUCGGUUUCCGACGGCUAUUUUGCCACUUCUAGUGCAGAUGGCAGACUUUCAAUAUGGGAUUCCAAGACAGGAGAGGUUAAGCAACAUUAUACCCCGAGUUCUCAUCUAUCGUCGUCUUGUACUUGCUUGGCAUGGCAGCGAAAAUCACGUCGAAGCGAGGAAAAUCAAAAGAAAAAGAAAAGAAAAUCUGCCCGAGUAGAAGUUGAAUCAACCGAUACAGAAGUUCUCUCUCCCACCAAUCUUCUUGCUUUAGGAACAGUAGCUGGAAGUGUUCUCCUCUACAGUGUCCUGAAAGGGGACUUGCAUUCUAAACUGGAUGGAGGUCAUGAUGACACAGUCAAUGAUGUGUGUUGGCAUCCCAGUGAUAAUACUCUGUACAGCUGCUCUGAAGACAGGCACAUAGUGGAAUGGGACAUCACAAACAGGACUGUUCGAAGUAAGUGGAAAGGAGACAAGACGUCUGUAUAUUCCAUUUGCAUUUGUCCGGGAGGAAGUACUUUGCUUAGUGCAGGCAGAACUAUUCAACUCUGGAAUCUUCAAACCAAAGCUGUCUUAAAAAAAUUCACUGGCCAUGCCAGUCCAGUUACGAGACUAAGGGUGGUGCCCACAUUAUCUCCAGGGUCAAAGGAAGAUGAUCCUCUGGAUUCUGUCGAAGGACUUUAUUUCAUGUCUUCAGCUGCUAGUGAUAGAAUUGUAAAUGUCUGGCAAGUGAAGUCGGGUAGUAAGGACAAGGCUUCUCUUGCCUCGUUUGCUGUUCCAGAUGAGCCUAGUGAUUUUGAUGUCUGCAUUUCCUCAGAUUCGGAGGUAUACACUUCUGUAGUUUGUCUGUCAGGACAAGUCCACAUAUUCCAGACAGUGCUCAAUGGGAGGGUGAGGAAACCGUUCCAAGCAAGACAUGUGGUCAAUGUGACAACAGAGGGUAGCAAACUGUCUCCUGCUAGGCCUAUUCCAAUCCUGACAUCACAGCUGCAGUUGGCUGAAGGUCAGCCGCAACUCAAGAUAGCCUACGGUGUCAACCUCAAGCCAGCAUUUGAAUCAAUGAGCUUAGAAUCACAAGAGAAGGAGAUCUGUUUAAUACGAGAUGAUCACUUGCAUGCGGAUAGGAGAACAGAUGAAGCUGGUGACAGAGUGAAGAGACCAUUAACAUCAGGUGAUGUGACAGUGUUGGGUCCAAACAACAUGGCACCCGGCAGACCAAUUCAAGGACUUGAUGAACCAUCUAAAUCAGCAAGGAAGAAGGCCAAAAGGAAAUCUCUUAGAACAGAGCUGAGUAUGGAAGACAGAUUGAAUGCCCUGAGUAUCGCCCAGGCAAGACCUGACAUUGACAAGAGCCAGCCUCCACGAGCUGAUGUCAUGGUUACAUUACUAUCACAGGGACUUCAGAGUCAAGAUAGAGAACUACUAGAUAGAGUUCUGAAGCAGGACAGAGCGAAGGUAGUAACCAACACCAUCAAGAGACUCCCAAUACCUCUCAUUGUACCUCUCGUUCAAGAACUAGCCCGACGAAUGAACACUGCACCACAAAGUGGGUUGGUGAUUGCCCAUUGGACGAAGGAAGUGUUACGAGAGAGGGCGUCCUACCUCAUGACCUGUCCUGAGCUGAUGCUGAGAUUAAGUCACAUCUAUGAGACCAUCAACACAAGGACGAGCAACGGUGGCAAACUUAGUAGGCUGCAUGGCAAAUUGGAUCUAAUGUUGGCUCAGAUUUCAUCACAAGAUGACACAGUGGAGGCCAGCCAUACAGACCAGGCACUUAUGCUCUAUGAAGAUGAAUCUUCAGACGAGCUUGAUCUGAUGGAGGACGGACUUGCCAUUCACUCAGAAUCAGAGGGUGAAUGGGAUGAGCGCUCUGAGUCAUCAGACAUGGAGGCACAAGAAGAAGAUCAGGCAGACAGUAAUGAUUCAGAUAGCGAAGAUGAGGAAGAGGAGGAGGAUGAAGAGGAAGAUGACGACGAUGAAACCUGAAAGUGCUUCGCCUCCCGUUAAAAGCGUGAAUUUAUAUUAGCAUCAGAACAAAAAUAUACAAAAUAUGUGACUACUCUAAUCCAAGAUCAGUCAUGAGAUUUUGUCUCUUUGCCAAUCAAUGCAUUGUAACAUACAUAUGUCAGCAUCAUAGCACCAUUUGGACAUACCUGGUUCCUCUAGCAUUCAAGCUUUUGUGUUCAACAUUGCAGCCUUACCGACUCGUAAGGAUGUAAUUUGAAUGCUACACCCACCAUCAGUACUCUGAUCUGUAUACAUUGUGAGUUGGGCUCGUUCACAUAAUAAGGGUUAAACCACAACUUGUUUGAAAAACGUGUAAAUGAACAGCAAUUGUAAAGUAUGCAUAUUCACCUAGCUUUUUGUUAGAAGAUACGAAAAUGUGAAGCGUAUUACACUCGCGUCAUCAUUAUAGAAAAAGAAAUGCUGCGGUCUACUGCAUUGUAUCUCAAAGUGGCUUUAGGGGGCAGACUGUCUAUUUGUAAAUCCUAUAAGCUUUGGUACAUGAUGUGAGUCUCCCAAGGUUGGGGCUUGACUUGUAGCAGCGAGUUAGAAGAGUGGACACUAUCUCAACAUCAUCAUUAUUUAAUGAAAUGCCAAUACUUAAAGUAUUUGCUUGGCAGAUAAUUGCUUAUGUGUCUUAUGUUUAUAUUAUUUUUUUAAAAGAAAUUUACUAUGGUAAGAAUGCUUGUGAGAAGAAAAAAAAAAGAAUUAUAUCAGAAGCGAUUUAUGUCAAAGCCUGUUCUUUUUAUAACAAAUGACAGCAACAUUCAAGAAGGGCUUUUUUCCUUACAAGUGAAUCUAAUUUAAAAGGUAUCCCCCUUCUAUUUCUAUUGGGCACUUGGAUGGUAUAUUUAAUGUAUAUAUAUUUUUUCAGAGUUAUAUGACACAAAGUAUUAAUGUCUUCCUCUGGCCUUCUGCCAAAUUUGUUGUAUCUUUCAAUUUCUGGUAUUUCGCUACUUUCAUUCUUAUUUUUUCUGCCAAGUUUUUUUUUGUGGAAGUAUUUUCAUCCUCUUGUUCCAGUCAGCUUUUGUAGUCAUCUCUGAAAUCUCAAUAGGUUGUGAUCAUUUACGCAUUAUAACGAAAUGUGUAUGUGAUACAAUGUUGCUUUCACCUACAGGCGUGAUUGCUUGGUUUACAAGCAUUGUACCUAUUGUAACUUGUAAUGUUAGAUAUCAUUCCCUGGCUUUUAAUUCUGGUAAUAAUGGAACGAGAGGUACUGUUGUAUUUUUUUUUUAAUGAGCAUCACCCCCUACACAUAAUGGUCAAUUAUGCCCUCCCCACCUUAUUACCAACUCUUCUCACAGUCCUUAUUGGGUGCGGUGACCCCAAAAUUACCAUAUACUAGGUUGUGCCACAUUCCUCUCUAAUGUGGGGCUCUUCUAAAACAUUACCUAUUCAUUAUUACCCCCUCCCCUAAAAUUGCCAAAUGAGUCUUGUAGGGGUCAUGAUCCCUAGGUUCCAGAAGAUUUUAUGCUGAUAUUGGACAGUAAAUAGCACCUGUUAAACUUUUUUUUGUUCUCAGAAAGUGAAGAGGAAUAUGUUGGGAAGAAAGAUGUCGUGAAAUGAAAGGAAGGUUGAUAUUUAAUCUAUUGCUAGCUUGUGUUUUUUUUUGGAGAGGCAUGGUGAUUUGAUACAUUUAUAUAGGAUGCAACAUUGAGUUCAAGCAGUUUUAUUUUGUAUAAAUUUCUGCACUAUUCCUUUUUGUCAUUUUCUUCAUGAAAAGAAAAAAAUGAUUUUUUUUUUCUUAACUCAAUGUGCCAAAAUCAAUGAAGUGGAUACAUAUGUACUUUGAUGUUUGUAUUUGGGUUAAAAUCUGAGAGGUGCCUAGUCUACAGUCAAGUUGAGCCCCAAAUCAGCAGGUUCUGUCAUGAUUAAGGGUUCGCAAAUAUGUGUUCAAGGAACUUGUACAGAAGUACAUUAUACCUAAAAAAUCAGAUGAUGCAACUUUUAUUCUUUUUUUCACAGGAUAAAUAUUCAGGAUGUUGUUUUAAGCUAUCAAAUAACCUUGAUCAAUUCUAAAUAAAAUGUGGGAGAGUAGGGAAAUAAUAGGUAGUUCUAAUUUAACAUCUACUUUUCUUUUGAAAGCUACAAAUCAUGUUACAAAUGUAUGCCCAAAGUUUUGUUUACUACGAGUAUGGUUCAAGAGUCGUACUUAAAUCAAUUCAUGUCAUGCUGAUUAUGUAGGUUAUCACCACUUGAAUGAAGAGAGACUUUCCAUUAUGAAUAAAUUUUUGUAUAAAUGACAGACA